AUGUCGGUCCCCACUAUCGCCAAGGCCACCCUCCAGGCGGCCGCAAUCAACGCCGGUUCAAAUGUCCUGGCGCAGGCCAUUAAAGCAAAUCGAAGUGGAGUGCCAUUCGAGUUGGACGUUCAGGCGCUUAUGCAGUUCACCACCUGCGCCUUCAUUCUCUCACCUCUCGCUUUCCUUUGGCUCCAAACUUUGGAAGCACUAUUCCCAGGAAAGAAAGCAGCCAACGCUGCGUCAGAGAAAAAGGUGGAAAAUAGCGGCAAAGCAUCGGAUGCGGAAGCGCCAGCCCUCGACAUCACCAACACGAUCAUCAAAGUGGUCAUUGAUCAGUUGAUUGGAGGGGCCUGGAAUGCCGUGGUAUUCAUCACAGCGAUGGGCCUGCUCCGUGGGCAGAGCCUGGGCCUUAUUCGAGACCAGAUCCGACAGGAGUUCUGGCCCAUCAUCACUGCGGGGUUGAAGCUGUGGCCAUUUGUGUCGAUCCUUAAUUUCACGGUUGUGCCCGCUAGCCAGCGACUGCUUGUCGGCAGCCUUUUUGGUGUCCUCUGGGCCGUGUAUCUCAGUUUGAUGGCGGGGUAA